AUGGCUCACAACGGCCGCGACGCGAAGUUGAACCCUAGGGUCUUCUUCGAUAUAUCGAUCGGCGGCCAGAAGAUGGGCAGGAUCGUGAUGAGUCUGCGGGCCGACGUCGUGUCGCGGACGGCGGAGAACUUUCGAUGUCUCUGCACGGGCGAGAAGCGGGAUGCAAACGGCAAGAAGCUGACGUUCAAGGGGUCCGUUUUUCAUCGCGUGAUCCCGGGGUUCAUCUGCCAGGGCGGCGACAUUAUUGAUGGGACGGGCGCCAAUGGGUUGUCGAUCUACGGCGAGGCCUUCGCGGACGAGAACUUCGCCUUGAAGCACGUGGGGGCUGGGAUUUUAUCGAUGGCGAAUAGAGGAAGGGACACGAACGCGUCGCAGUUUUUUAUCAACUUGGACGUGCACGACUGGCUGGAUGGCAAGCAUGUGGUGUUUGGGUCCGUGACGGACGGCAUGGACGUCGUGAAAGCGAUCGAGCACCAGGGCGGCGUGUCGGGGAAGACGCGGGCGCCGUGCGUGAUCUACGAUUGUGGGGAGCUGCCGCCGCCUGUCAGGGAUUAUUCCUAA